AUGAACACACCUGGUGGCUCCUCAUUGCGACCAGCUUGGUCCAAGGGAGCAGGAGGUGGAGGAGGUCGAGGAUUUCAACCUCCUCCCACAAUUUCUGCCGACCGUAGCGAUCAGCCGAGGUCAUCAUCUUGGGGAAGUCAGGAACGGGGCGACAACAACAAGUUCUCCGCCUUGCAAGACGAGGAGGAUGAAAUAGCAGGAAGUGGGCAGAGAGAAGUUGGUGUUCCGAGAGGAGAAGCAUUCCGCACUAGUUUUAGUCGGUCUUCUUCCGGCCCUAAACCAUCUGGCAGAUCUUUGGCUGAUUUGGCGGCGCAAGUUCCUGAAAACUCACCUGCUGGCCGAAGGCAUAUCUCAAACUACGAGUCACGAUCUGCCGGAGGCUCUGGCCGAUUUUCAGGCUUGCGCUCUGGGGAUCACGGAAACCCGGGAACACCUGUCUCGACGGACAGCUAUAAGCCCGACCCAAAAGUUAUUCGGUACACAAGAGAGAAACUGCUCUCGAUGAGGCCCCCAUCUCAUUUGGGAGACCAGUCGCUACCUGCUACCUUGUGUCAUUUGGAAGGCUCGGCAGUUCUCUCCAAAGCUCCACAAGACCCAGUUUGCUGGGACAGCUUGGAUGCUGAAGCGAUCUGGGAGGCCAUCCGUGAUCGUCGAGUGCCAGCAGGUGGAAAAGCCGCUGGUGUUCCCUCUCGUGGACUCAAUGAGGCCGUUGACGAGCCUCGUCGAAGAAAUACCGCGGGAGGACGAUGGCAGCGCGGUGUUGCUCUUCCACCUCCCGAUGAAGGUGGAAGGCGCAAAGACAAGGAUGCCGAAAGUCCUGAUGAGUUGUGGGAUGAUCCUAUGGGAGGUGCAACGGGAGCAGCGUCAGAUUUUAGCGCAUUCGGAGCUAUACCGGACGAUGAUGCAUUUGAUUUCGAGAAAAUGGCAGAGGCCUCAAAGAAAUUGGAAGAAGAGUUGCACGGACCAAAGAACCCGAGUGACGAUGAUAUCCAGCAUCAGUCGAUUAAGGUAGAUCCGAGCCGUCCACUCGCGAGUGUUGGCAUGACUCUCGCUUCUGGAUCUGGAAAUGAUGUGAAUGUGUUUGAGGAUUUUGACUCUCCGAGUGAAAAUGAAGCAGCAGUUGAUGCAGCAGCUGCGACGGUACGGGGAGGCCAAGAGAAUCCAAAUGCCAGUUCUCGCCUCAUGAAAAUGAUCGGAGUAACGAGAGAUGCACCAGAAAAUGAUAACAGCAAUGGUCAGCAAAUCUCGAACCCAUGGGGAACUUCUGAAAACCUCGCACCAAAUCCUACAGGCCUGGACCCCUUGAUGAGCAUUGGUGGGGCUACGACAAUUCCUCUCAAUCCUUGGGGCAUCCAGGUCCCAGCACAGCAAGGAGAGGCAAAUGCAAAUCUGAGCAUAUCACCCCAACUCAGUUCGUUUCCUGGAGAGCAGAGGCUACGCGACGAGCAGGCAGAGAAACGGUCACAUGAAGCUGGGAUGUUUCGCCGACAGAAGGAAGAAGAAGCACAACGUCGAGCUCAAGCACAGAAGCAGGCAGAAGAGCAAGCUCUUCGGCAUGCUCGUGCAAGUGCACUCCAACAGCAAGCUGCAUCGCAGCAAUCGCAAGUGGAACUAGUUUUGAUGGAACGCAUUUGCACAAUUCUUGAAAAUUCUUGGGGACGGUCUGAUCUGGUUUCAAUUUUAACUACAUUGCAUUCUGAAGACUCGCGAGUGAUCCCGCUGCUGGGACAUGUUGAUGCACUAAGAGCUUUGAUUGCUCGGAGUCCGCGUAGAGUUUCGCUCCAUCGGGACCCAAGUUUCGGUGGAGAUAUAGCUGUGUUAGCGAUGACGAAUUCCCAGUGGCAACAACAUCAGCAGCAGCUCCAAGCCCGUCUGGAGCAGGAAGAAAUGGAGAGGCGGCAACUAGAGGAAGCUGAGAAAAGUCGUGUUCCUGUGAAAACCAAGAUUGACCAUCAGGCUCCAUGGUUUUAUUCUGAUCCACAAAACAAUGUACAGGGUCCAUUCCGAGGAGAUGAAAUGCGGCAAUGGCUGGAGGCGGGUUACUUCAAGGGAGAUCUACCAAUCAGUCAAAAUCCACAGGGCCCCUUUCUUCCCCUUUCUACUUUGUUUCCUGACUUGUCGGUAGCAUUUAGAGCAGCAGUGCAAGAAGUUGAAAAUAUCGGCGUUAUGCUUGCGGAAUCGAAAACUGCGAUUGCAGAAAUUUCGGAUGAUAUACAGCCCGAUCUUUCGAACGGAGGAUCAGAUCAGCCGUUGUUGAUUGAUGGCCAGAGAGAUCGGGGAAUGAUAAAAUCGGCGAAGAGCGACGGAGAAGAAGAGCCGCAAAACGCAGGAAACCAGUCUUCGACUCAGUUGAAGAUGAUCCUGGGGCUUUCCACUGAUACACCUCCUGUCGAAAAUACGAACGAAACGGAACCUCCCGAACCAGAAAACCCAGUUGAAACUCAGACGAGAAGUCUGGGAAUACAUCAAACCAAGGGCUCCAAAAAAGCCGAGUCAGUGAAGGCGGAGACCAAAGCUGAAGAUACUUCACCAGAAAAUCAUAAACAGCCGUCUACUGCUUGGGGUGGAGCAACUACAGCAAAUCCUAAAAAGAGCAUGUCGGAGAUUCAACAAGAAGAGGCUAGAGCUGUGGCGAUGAUGGAACGAAAUAGUGCCCCACGCCAGCAAUCAAGUGGUUGGGCGAAUGUGGCUGCAUCUGGGAAAUCGGGAUGGUCGAGUGGGACGCUGAAGCAAUCAACACCACCCACUGGUAUGGGUCAGAAUGGUCGUCAAGUGCAAGGUCGCGAGAAACUGCACAACCAACCUGGUAACGAAAGAAAGGUCACGCAUGGUUCGCAAAAGCAAGGUUUCGAUUCCGCUCAAUCGUCAACCCCUGCUGAAGAAUUUGGGACAACCAUGUCUCCCGGACUUGAAACAUGGUGCAAAGAACAAAUGCAAAAAAUCAAUGGCGGCGACGACUUGACCUUGGUGGCAUUUUGCAUGACAUUGGAUGAUGCAAACGAGAUACGUCAAUAUCUUACUACAUACCUUGGUUCAACAUCUCAAGUGAAUAAUUUUGCUACGGAAUUUAUCAACAGAAGAGGUCUUGGAAUGAAGCAAGAAGAGUGGGAAACACCUGGAAGUGCGAAGAAAGGUAGAAAGAAGAAGAGUAGCGGACGCUAG